CUGACAGCCGCCGAAAACUUAUUGACGGCUUUUAUAAAGUUGAAAAUCAAAACUACUCAUGUAUGAUUCGUUUUUCGUGUGGCUUAUGGAAUUGAAGUUAGUUUAGACGUUCUAAAUUAGUUUUCUGAUACACCCGCUUUCAAUUAGGGACAUUGACGAUGGAAGAUGAAACGUUAGCGGCUAGAGAGCAAGAGGAGGCGGCGAAUUUGGAGAACGAGGCCUUGAAACGCAAGAAACGAAUCGAAGCAUUGAGGCAACUCAAGGAGCAGCAGGAACAGACGAGGCAAUCGAGCACCGAGUCUCAGCAACAGUCACUACCCAGGCCAGUGUUUCGUAGCUACAGGCCACUAGAUGAGGAGCUGAAAAAGUCUAGCGUACCACUGGCUGAACCAGAAGAGGUUGACCAACACAUCACCAAAGAAUUGGGCAAAGCUGCCGACCCACCUGUUCUUGAAGAAAUCGAUUUGGUGAAUUUAGCUCCAAGGAAGCCCGACUGGGAUUUGAAACGCGACGUGGCUAAAAAACUAGCCAAACUGGAGAAACGCACUCAAAGGGCUAUUGCAGUCCUGAUCCGCGAGCGUCUAAUGGAAACGAAACAAGACGAUUUAGCCGCAGCCGUGAAUGCUCUCAACUGAC